AGAUUGACCCCCGGUAGCAAAAGGAGAGGCGGGAGCACAGGCCAGCUGGCUCUGAAGCCCGGGCGCUUCUCCAAGGAAUUUGGCCCCACUAAGAAGAAGGGGGCAGGGUAGGCGAGGGGGAGGAUCAGAGUGCAGGAGAGCGGGAGAAACGUGCGGGCAGGCCCUCGGCAUCAGCAGCGGCUGCGGCUGCCCCACCCCCCGGAGAACCUGGAGGAAGACUGGAGGAGAAGGAGACGAAGAAGGAGGAGGAGGAGGACAAUGUGGACCCCGCUCCAGAAUUCCGUGGAGGUGGCGUUGCGCAGGAACCCUCACCGCCUGUGUGCGGGGACCCUGGGGGUGGCGGUCAUCGUCUUCCUACUCGGCUUUCUUUUCGGAUGGAUUGCAAAACCCACCGGUGAAAUUAAUACCAUAAUUCCGCGCCGAAAUAUGAAGAAGGCAUUUCUGGAUGAAUUGAAAGCUGAAAACAUCAAAGCAUUUUUAUAUAAUUUUACACGGAUCCCACAUCUGGCAGGAACAGAACAAAACUUGGACCUUGCAAAGCAAAUCCAAUCCCAGUGGAAGGAAUUUGGCCUAGAUUCGGUUGAACUUACUCCCUAUGAUGUCCUCUUAUCCUACCCCAAUGAGACUAAUCCCAACUAUAUCUCUAUCAUUGAUGAAGAUGGAAAUGAGAUUUUCAAGACCUCAUUAUUUGAACCCCCUCCUCCAGGAUAUGAACAUGUUCCAGAUGUGGUGCCACCUUUUAGUGCUUUUUCACCACAGGGGAUGCCAGAGGGUGAACUAGUAUAUGUGAAUUAUGCAAGAACCCAAGAUUUCUUUAAAUUGGAGCGGGAUUUAGGAAUCAAUUGUUCUGGAAAAAUUGCCAUUGCUAGAUAUGGGAAAAUUUUCAGAGGAAAUAAGGUUAAAAAUGCUCAACGGGCAGGAGCCAAAGGGAUUAUCCUCUAUUCUGAUCCUGCUGAUUAUUCUUCCCCUGGGGUAGAACCUUAUCCAAAGGGUUGGAACCUUCCAGGAGGUGGUGCCCAGCGUGGAAAUGUGCUAAACCUCAAUGGUGCAGGUGACCCUCUCACUCCAGGUUAUCCAGCUAAUGAAUAUGCUUAUAGAUAUGAUAUAACUGAGGCUGUUGGUCUUCCAAAGAUUCCUGUUCAUCCAAUUGGAUACAACGAUGCCCAGAUCUUACUAGAAAAUAUGGGAGGACCAGCACCACCAGACAAUAGCUGGAAAGGAAGGCUUAAUGUGCCAUACAGCAUUGGGCCUGGCUUUACUGGAAACUAUUCUACACGAAAAGUCAAAAUGAAUAUUCACAGCAACACCAAAGUAACAAGGAUUUACAAUGUGAUUGGAACUCUAAGAGGAGCAGUGGAACCAGACAGGUAUGUAAUUCUGGGAGGUCAUCGUGACUCAUGGGUGUUUGGUGGCAUUGAUCCUCAGAGUGGAGCUGCUGUAGUACAUGAGAUUGUGAGGAGUUAUGGAAAACUGAAAAGGGAAGGAUGGAGGCCAAGAAGAACAAUGAUAUUUGCUAGUUGGGAUGCUGAAGAAUUUGGUCUAUUGGGAUCCACUGAGUGGGCUGAGGAAAAUUCCAAAAUACUUCUAAAACGUGGAGUGGCUUAUAUUAAUGCAGAUUCUUCUGUAGAAGGAAACUACACUUUGAGAAUCGAUUGUACACCAUUAAUGUACAGACUGGUAUACAGCUUAACAAAAGAGCUUCGAAGUCCUGAUGAGGGUUUUGAAGACAAAUCUCUAUAUGAGAGCUGGAAGGAGAAAAAUCCUUCAACAGAAUUCAAUGACCUACCCAGGAUUAACAAACUGGGAUCUGGCAAUGACUUUGAAGUCUUUUUUCAUAGACUUGGCAUUCCUUCAGGCAGAGCUCGCUAUACUAAAAAUUGGAAAACAGACAGAUACAGCAGCUAUCCAGUAUAUCACAGUGUCUAUGAAACUUACGAAAUAGUGGAAAAUUUUUACGACCCUACUUUUAAGAAUCACCUCACAGUGGCUCAGGUCCGAGGAGGCAUCGUUUUUGAGUUGGCCGACUCCAUCAUUCUCCCUUUGGAUUGUCAAGACUAUGCCAAAGUUUUACAAAAAUAUGUUAACAGCAUUUAUGAACUGGCUCAGAAACAUCCAGAAAAGCUGCAGGCAUACAAUGUAUCCUUUGAUCCACUUUUCUCAGCGGUGAAGAAUUUUACAGAAACAGCUACUAACUUCAGCAAGAGACUACAAGACUUAGACACAAACAACCCGGUCUCAGUGAGAAUUAUCAAUGAUCAGCUAAUGUUUUUAGAAAGAGCUUUCAUUGAUCCUCUUGGAUUGCCUGGAAGCCCAUUCUAUAGGCACAUCAUCUUUGCUCCAAGUAGUCAUAACAAGUAUGCUGGUGAGGCAUUCCCAGGAAUUUAUGAUGCUCUCUUCGAUAUUGAAAACAAAGAAGAUCCUUCAAAGGCCUGGGCAGAAGUCAAGAAGCAGGUUUCUAUUGCAGCCUUCACAGUGCAAGCUGCGGCAGGCUCUCUGAAGGAAGUCGCAUGAUAUCUGGAGCAAGGGGUGGCAUGUGAAAGCUGAGCAUCUUUCAGAAAAUGCCCAGUAGCAGAAUGGAUACCCACCUAUUGGGGAAUACCUCAACAAACUGGUAUAGGCAUGUAAAGGAAUAUUAUUGUGCCAUAAGAAGUGAUGAUUAUGAAGAACUCACUGAACUAUGGAAAGAUUUGUAUGAACUGAUGCAGAGUGGAACAAGAAAGACCAGAAGAACAGUACCUACAAUGGUUGUAAUAAUUUAAAUGAAAAUAAUACUCAAUGGAAGCCAAACUCUGAGUAAUUGUAAUGAGCACUCUUGAUUCCAAAGAAUAGGUAGUGAAACAUACCUUUCUCCUGGCAGGUAGGAACAGAAGAGGAAAGUAGAACACACUGAAUACACUCCCAAACUGGUUGAUUUUACUUAGCUGUUUUAAGAGGACGGUUCAAUAACAGGUGUCAGAGGAGAAGCAUGGGAGCUUAUAUGAGGAAUGAUGGGCAUGUAAAAAUACAUCAAUUACUUUUCUUUAAGAGGAGGAUUCAGUAAUGGGUGGCAGAAGAGAAGCAAGGGAGCUUAUUUCUGGAGAUGAUAGUCAUGCAAAAAUACAAACAGUAUCAAUAAAUUUUUUAAAAGGUGCUAUAGUUUAUCGUCAAGUGGUUAGAGUUAACUCAUUUCUGUGAGAACUCAGUUGAAUCAUUUAUUGAUAGUCUCUCAUUUUAAGGGUCUCCAAACAUGUAUGUGAUAUAUACUUAUUCCAUUAUUGUCUAAGAGCAUUUGGAAGAUGAUCUCAAUUUUCGGAUACAAUUUGAGGAACAGAAGACUUUUAUCUGGCACAGAAUGUUGUGGUAAAUCACAUUUUCUGAUUAGUAAAAAUUAAUUAGAAUACAAAGAUACAUAUAAAGAGUUUUGCAUAAAGAGCUUGGCAUAAUGGAUGAAGGGCUAGCCUUGGAAUUAGAAGUCCUUCUGACAUAUAACCUCUUAAUGCCCUGGGCAACUUUCUGAGAUUAUAAAUUACAGAAAGUUGCAUACCUGCAUCUAUGGAGAGAAUAGUCCAUAGAUACCAGGAAUUCCCUACAAUGAUAAAAUCACAAGUCCAGACUCUCCUUCCCUCCCUUUCCCCUCCCUUUCCCUCUAUCCAAGAUACACAUAAUACUAAUACUAUGCUGUUGUGGUAGAGUGUACUGAAUUGGGAGCAAGGAGACCUAGGCCUUAGUCUUAAGCCCUGCCAGUAACUAACCCUGUGACUUUGGGCAACUGAUUUUGCCUCCUUAGGCCUCAGUUUCCCUUUCUUUAAAAUAAUCUGUGAAGUCCCUGUGAGCUUAUAGUCCACUAAAGCCUCCUGUUAUUUUAGAGGAAGUGUUGUCCUGCUAUGUUUCCUCUAUCUUGUAAUUGUGAUCUUUAUUUUCCUAGCUAGGCUAGCCCUCAUAGGACACACAUACAGCUCGGUCAACCUGUCCACAACUCCUUUCCUGCAUGGUAGUACCUGCAAGAGUAUGUGUUCAGCAAGUAUAACUUUCAAGAACCCAGUCACCUGAAUCAAAAGCCGACUUAGUGAGGAAUAGUUCAAUGCAUUCUGAAGAACUUUGGGCUUGAAGUCAUGAAAGGCUCCUGCCCCUGCCAUUCCCUAGCUAUGUGACCCCUGGCAAGUCCCUUAACCUCUCUAAGCUCAGUUUCCUCAUCCUUAAAAUGGAAACAAUACCUGGAGUGCCUAUCUCAAAAGGGUUGUCUUGAGGCUAAAAUUUGAUAAUGUAUGUAAAUCACUUUAUACCCUUUAAAGUGGUUAUAUAAAGGUCAAUAUCAUUAACAUUUUUGUUCUUGUGUUUCCCAGAAGAUAAUUUCUCUUCUGUCAAUACUUCACAUGUAGAAAGUUUCCUUCCUAUAUCCACAGCUCUUGUCGCAAUAUGACUAUCUCAGUCCAACAUACUUCCUUACUAAUCCCCUGCAGUCCACAUUCAUUCAUCACAACUUUUAUUCAUCCCACAUACCUGGUAACAAUAAUUCUUCUCUGACACCAUUCUCAUCCUAGUGUUCUGGAAUAAUCCACUAAUAUCUUUUUAUUGUGUAUCAGAUCCAAUCUGUCAUCAUUGGGACUGAACAGCAUCUGCUUGUCAAGACUGCUGAUGGAAUUCUUUGGUUAGAUUGUGAAACUACUGGCUGAACUGCAACUGAGCCUUAUAGAUGACUACUGAGAUGCAGUAAUAGUUUCUUGCUCAGGGUAAUCCUUUGGUGCUAUCGUCAGAAUGUUGUGCUAAAAGGACCUUGGGUCAGACCUCUUGCUGCAGCUCUUAUGCCUUUUAAGUCCCAUUACCAAAUAGCCACCACUCCCUAGGUAGUAUAGUGGACAGAGUGCUAGACUUGGAGUUAGGAAGACCUAAGUUCAAAUCCUGACACAUACUUAUUAGUGGUGUGAUACUAGUCAAGUCACUUACCCUAUCAGUGUUUUAGUUUCUUCAUCUGAAGUGAGAUAAUAAAUGUAAAGUGGUUAAAGUGCUAUAUGUUAGCUAUUGUCACAAUGUUUUUUGUUAUGCUGUGUAAUAAAAUCAGAUUAAAAUCUUA